AUGAACGCUACCAAGAUGCUGCAGCACGGUCGCCAGCCCAUGAUCCGCUUCCUGGGCAAGCGCUCAACCCCCUCCAAGGUUGACCACACCCCCCACGCCCACCCAGCCUCCCCAACCCACGCGCUCCCCGAGUCCUUUGCGUCGUACCGACAGAAGGCUCAGCAGCACGGCCCUCUCCAGAAGAACCAGAUCCCUGCACACAUUGGCGCCACGCCUGGCGCUUCCCUCGGCCCCAUCGAGCCUGGACGGGGCAUGUACUUUGAUCGCUCCGAGCUACCCUCGCGCUUCCAACGGCUAUCUUGGUCUCAGGACGAGAUCGACGCAAUUGAGUCUGGCGGCGCCAGCCAGUUUGCAUAG